AUGUCCGAAUCGCAGGACCACAUCCGCACCGCCAUCUCCCUGCGCGACGCCUCCCUCGACAAGAGCGUGCUCUUCUCGCUGUCGCAAAUCACCGCCCUCCCCCAGGACGUCACCUCGGUGCCCCGGUCCAGCGGCCUGCUGUCCGACGCCGAGCUGACGCUGACCGAAGACUACGAUGCCACGGCGCUGCUGGAGAUGCUGGCGGCCAGGAAGGUGACGGCCGUGGAGCUGCUGGCGGCGUUUCGCAAGAGGGCGACGAUUGCGCAGCAGUGUACCAACUGCCUCACCGAGCUCCUCGCCGAAGCCAUCUACGACGCCGAGGCCUGCGACCAGCACCUCGCCCUCACCGGCCGCCUCAUCGGCCCCCUCCACGGCAUCCCCCUCUCCCUCAAGAACCAGAUCGGCGUCGCCUCCCACCUGACAAACGCCGGCUUCGUCACCUGGAUCAACAGCACCAGCCACGACGACGCCGCCAUCGUCAAGACGUUCCGCAAGCUGGGCGCCGUCGUCUUUGCCCGCACCAACCAGCCCCAGGCCGGCAUGCACCUCGAGACCUCCAACAACAUCUACGGCACCACGGUCAACCCGCGGAACCGCCAGCUGACGGCGGGAGGCAGCACGGGCGGCGAGGCGGCGCUCAUGGGCAUGCACGCGUCGGUGCUGGGCAUUGGAGGCGACAUUGGAGGUUCCAUCCGAGUUCCAGCUGCUUUCAACGGGCUCUACGGCUUCAAGCCCACGCCCGGUCGGUUCAGCGGCAAGGGCGUCGUCGUCCCCACGCCCGGCCACGACUCCAUCGCCGGCACGCUGGGCCCCUUUGCGCGCUCCCUCCGCGACCUCGAGCUCUUCUGCAAGGCCUACUCGUCGACUCUCCCCUGGAUCGACGACGUCUCGCUCAUCCCCGGCAGCAUCCUGUCGUCGGCCAUGGGCCGCCAGCUGGAUGAGACGCGCCCGCUCAAGGUCGGCAUCCUGUCUGACGACGGCGUCGUGUCGCCGCUGCCGCCCGUCAAGGCCGCCAUGCGCAAGAUCGCCGACAAGCUGGGCCGCGCCAUCGACGUGCAGACGGUGUCGUUUUCGCCCAUGGACCACGCCCGGGGCUGGAGCAUCAUUGCCGCAAACUACUUUGAGGACGGCGGCGCCAACAUCCGCGCGCUCUGCGCAAAGGGCGGCGAGGCCGUGCUGCCCCUGACAGAGUGGAUCAUCAACGAGUGCCAAAAGGGCCGCGCCUCGGUGGCCUCGUCUCCCGAGGGCCUCAAGGAAGCUCGCGACGGGUUCCGCGCCGAGUACAGCGACCACUGGAACCAGUUCGACGUGGACGUGGUGCUGGCGCCCGUCUACCCGAGCGUGGCCGGCCCCCACGGGGCGACGAGAUACUGGGGCUACACGGCCAUCUGGAACCUGCUGCAGUAUCCGGCCGUGGCGAUGCCGGCGGGCAAGCUGGUGGGCGACGCGACCGCCGCCGAGCUCCGGGAGGAGUACAAGCCCAAGAACGAUCUGGAGAAGCACUACUGGGAGAUUUACUCUGCCGACGACGCCGAGGGCCUGCCGAUUGGGAUCCAGGUGGUGGGCAAGCGGUAUCACGAGCGGAUGGUGCUGCAGGCGGCGCGGCUGAUUGAAAAGGCGCUGCUGAGCAAGUGA